AUGCUGUAUCAAGCGACAGCCGAGGAGGAGCAGCACCCUGGCACGCUGGAGAUCUUUAAGCAGACGAUGUCGAACGAGUACGUGGCUUCCCAGGAGGUGCUCAAGUUUGCCGAGGAGAACCCGCCGGACCAGAUGUACAAGAAGAAGAAGUUCAUUGACUGGGCCGCUUUCCGGACCAUCCAUGGCAAGACCAUCAGCAACACGGAAAGGAACAAGACCAAGCCAAUGUGGCGUGGGCAGUUUCUGUUGUGGGCAAAGAACAUCAUGGCUUUGGAUGAUGAGGAGGCCACGGAGUGGUGGAAUGAGCUGGAGCAGGACCCCAAAAUCGCGAAGGAUCACAACGGCUACAAGGGUCGAAAACAGCUCUACAUCCCGAACUUCAUCACCAAGCUCACGGACCGCACGUCCUUUAUCACCCACCAGCAGGAGCAAGGCAACAAACCCAUCCAGAAGCCCAACGAGGAGAAGAUCGAGAUGCUGCGUGCCCAUGUGAAGCGGCAGCGGCAGGAUAUCAAUAACGAGUUCUUGCAGGUCUCAAGGGCUUCUUCUGCGGCUGCGGAGGAUGGCGACGGCAGCGGCGGCCAGCGACCUCACAAGCGGCAAAAGAUCGACUUGGAUCGAGAACUUCCAAAGUUCUCAAGGGCAAUGGACAAAGACUUGUCAGGCUUGAAGAAGUCGUUCAGUGCUGUGGUAGCCAAGGUCGAUAGCGUGUUCGAGGCCAUCAAGAAGGUGGACCUGAAGCUGUUCCUGACCGACACAGCAUUUUUCGGCUUGCUGCGAAGCCUUGAGCUGCGAUUGCACUUCAUGUACCGUUGGAAUGGCACAGUCCCCACCCCCCAGUCUGUGCAUGAAGAGCUCAAGAAGCUCUAUGAUGCAGCCGUCGCAUCCGGCUCCGGGGGUGACAUCAAGGUGGACACGGCUCUCCUGGAAAAGGGUCUUCUGGAGUUUGGGGAGCAUGCGGCCAAGUCCGAUGAGGAUAUCGUGAAAGCGUGCAAAGAUCGACUACCGCUGAAGGAGCCACACCUUGUUGGAAGUGAAGCAUCGCUCUUGGAGAACAUUCAGAAGGCGUUGAGCUUGCAGACUGUGGAUGACUUUGAGAAGUUCGAAGUGGAGUGGACGGCGGCUUGCAGCAAUGCAUCUUCUUUGGCCAAUUCCUUGCGUAAGGUGGCUGGUGAUGUUUGCGACCACAUCAAGACAAAGGCACGUGAAGCAGAACGUGCAGAGGUGCGUCGACAGAACGCUGAAAAGCAAGAGGCCCUCAAGAAGGUGCGGGACGAUGCCAAGAAUGCCGCUGCCGAGAUCCGUAAGAAGUCUUGUGGCUUGGGGCCCCAGAUGCCGGCGGUGCUGUCGGCAGACUUCAGCAUGGUGCCAGCCGUGCCUGAGAUCAAGAACAUCGCUGAUGUGCAGAAGUUGCAACGUGAUGAUUGGAGCAAACCAUGGGUUUUGAAGAAAACCGAUGAAGUGCAGCUGUGUCUUGGGGACAGCCAGUUGCAGAAGAGUUUCACUACGUUCGCUUUGCAAUGCAAGAAAGCGAAAGAACAACAGGGAGGUCGGCACCAGUACAACUUGGCGGCUGGCCAGGUGAAAGAUACCGUGGAUGCAGUGAUGGCGAAGAUCAUGCCGAAAUCGGAUGCUAUUUUGGACAUGUCAAAUCUCAUCGAGAACGGUGACAAGUUUACGCAGAGCACAUGGCUUUAUGCGUAUGCCACAGACAUGUCGUUUGUGGGGCUUCCGCCCAACGGUUGCGCCCAAGUCCGAGUCCAAGCUACGGGCUCCGUUGAGUGCGUCAUCGUUGACUUGAAAAGCUUUAUUGCCGGCACUACCGAGGACAAUAAGCUCGCUCUCACUGCCCUGCACAAGGAGCUUGGCAAAGCGACUGAGCUGCAGCCCUUCCUGGACAAGAACAUUGGCGUGUGGAAGCACACCCUCACCACCGGCGAGGCACUCUACUUGCCAACCGGGGUGGCGGUGAUCGAAAAGUGCCCGCCGAAUCAAGCUUUCAUUUACGGCAUGAGGAAGAGUUUCUUGUGCAAGCCGGAUGCGUCGAACUACGAAGCGGUGUUGAACCUGUUCACAGAAGAUGGCAGGAACAUUGACAGAAUGACGAAGAUCCAUGAGGCUUUGAAGUCCUUCAGUGCUGACAAAACCGGCGCUGAGCCGGCCGCAGCAGCACCAGCAACAGCAGCAGUGGCAAAGCCACCUGCAGGCUCUGGGGAUCCUGGGUCUGUGUCACCUUUAGAAAAAGCUGCGGCGGAUUUCCGGGGGGCUGCAGCGGCUGCAUCCCUGUCCCCGGCAAAGUCCUAA